GCACAUUACAGAGGUGGUACAGCAGCACGUAACCUGUCUGACUCUGAAGAAUGGAAGAUUUCUACAACACAACUUCACAGAACAGCAGCUAUGAAUACGACGGAGAGGAAUUAGGAAUCACAGAUGUCAUAUAUGUGACAAAUUGGAUCGUCCUCUGCAUCGGCCUUCCUCUGACCAUACUGGCCAUCUAUGGCCUGUAUUCUCUGGUGAGAACAAAUCAUGUUGCUCCAAUCUACGUCAUCAACCUCCUCAUCUCUGACCUCAUUCUGUUCUGCUGCAUGAUCGUUUGGCUGACAGGACCUGAAACUCCAGAAACCAUUAUUUUACAUUACUCUUAUAAAGUUGCUACCAUAGCUCUGAUGGCCAGUGUUGGCUUCAUGACAUGUGUCGCUGUGGAAAGGUAUCUGCUUAUCGCCUGGCCACUGUGGUACCGCUUCAAACGAAGUAUCAAGGUCUCUGUUGUGGUGUGUGUCAUGGUCUGGGUCUCUACAUUGAUCUUUGUUGUUCUUAUGGAUCUUGCAUCUUAUUUCUUGUACAUACUCUUCUCCUCCAUCUACUUCCUCCUCCCCUUCCCCGUCCUUAUCUUCUCUCUGGCUGGGACCUUCAAAGCACUGUCUGCUGCCACCUCAGUCUCCUCUGAGGAAAAACGCAGAAUCGUUGGAGCUUUGAUUCUGGUGUUGUUAAAUUACACAUUGUUGUUCCUUCCUACAAUAAUUUGGUUCCUGUCUGAAAAUGUCAGAUAUGAAGUUACGCUCAACAAUCUGGCUCAAACCAUGAUCCGGAUCAGUCCUCUUGCAGACUUGGUUCUGUAUGUCUUCAUGAGGAAAGGGGCUUUUGACAGGCUGCUGGCCUGUCUGUGUUGCUGCAAGUCAGAAACACAACAAACAUCAGGUCAGACCAUCACUGUCAGUGAUGAUGUCGAGUCUUAACCAUAUUUUCAUCACUCCCUCUUUGGAAAUCUCCAUCACUUUCUUCUGACCUCUUCCAUUCAAAGUGGAUUUAGUUUCUGUAUAAUUUCCACACAGAGGAAAUCUUUAGCUCGGCUGAUGAUCUGACUAAACCUAUUUCACUGGAGAUGCUGAAUAAAAUCACACAUGUUUGCAGUCAUUCACAGGACUGGAGCCAGGAUAUUCACUGUAACUCAGCUGUUUACUUCUAUACUCAUAUAUGACUUUUUCUCUGACCUUUUUAUGAAGUUGAAAUCAUAUUUUUACCUUCUGUCUGACAGAGCACAAGUUAAAAUAGCUGAUGUCAAUCAUAUUUGGAAGUUUGUGAUAAUCAAACAAAGUUGUUUUUCCUUUUGUAAAAUUCUGAG